GUAUAUUUCCUUGUGGAAUUCUGCUUUGAAAACACAUGAUUCUAGGAUUUCAAACAAAAACCGGCUUCCUUCGGAAUCAGACUCUAGAACUUUUUGGGAGACUCAGAUGGAAGAAGGUGCCGAGUCAAACAUCUUAACGUACCCUUCAUCAACAGGGGAAUGGCAAUGUGAAAAAUGCACCUUCCUAAAUAAUCCACUUGAGUCCGUGUGUUCUGUUUGUGGCUUUGAACAAACACAGAUGGAGAGUUCCUUUACUUGUCUCUCCUAUCCAGGUUCGCUUCCAGUCGAGGAUUUGGAGGAAGAUUCUGUUCGGAGAGAUUUACCACCACUUCCAGACCUUCCCCCGUCAGGAGCUUCUGAAUGCGAAUACUUAAAUGAUGAAAUUCGUAUUAUACUCGUUGGAAAGACGGGCUCAGGGAAAAGUGCAACAGGAAAUUCCAUUCUUGGCAAGAGAGAGUUUGAAUCUGAUGUUUCGAAUUCAAGCAUAACUAAAAUCUGCAAACGAGGAACAGCAGCACGGUUUGGUCGGGAAAUUUUAGUGGUUGACACCCCAGGUCUAUUUGAUACCGGUAUGACAAAUGAUGCUAUCACGAAGGAGAUCUUGAAAUGUGUGGGAAUAAGUUCACCUGGACCACAUGCCAUUUUGUUAGUGAUAGGUAUUGGUAGGUUUACGCAGGAGGAAAGGGAAACUGUCGAAUUGCUACAAAGGUCAUUCGGUCCAAGCAUGCUAAAAUAUCUUAUUCUCGUUUUCACGAGGAAAGAUGAUCUUGAUCGUGGUCGAAAAUCUAUACAACAGAUACUUAGGGAUGCUCCGCCUUCUUUACAAGAUAUAAUAAGAAAUUGUGAAGACAGAUUCUUUGCCAUCGAUAAUACAGAAGAAAAUAUCCAUAAUAUGGACCAACAAGUAAAAGAUCUUUUGCAGAUGAUUGAAACCAUGGUGAAGAAAAAUGGAAAUAAAUAUUACAGCAGUACUAUCUUUGAUCAGACUGAAUUAGUAAUCCAGGAACGCGAACGAGAAAUUAGGCAGAAGUAUGAAGAACAGAAUAGACAAGAACUUAGCAGGAUGAAACGAAUGAUCUCCAUGGAGUUCGAUCACAAGAAUUCACAUUUUAGAGAAAGAGAAAGCGCGCUGCUUGAGAAGCUUGAAAGAUUGGAGAGUCAGCAAUCGAUUGAGAGACAAACAAUGCGUGAGAAUCUGAGAGCUCUUCAAACAGAAAUGGACAAUUUAACCAUGGAAGCCAAUCCAGAAAGUUUUGAUGAGGAAGAAAACUGCAAGCUUUUCAACUUACAGCGAAAGAUCCUUGAGGUCAAAAGUCGUCUGGAGGAUGUCAGACAUAAACAAGAGGACAUGAUGCUCUACGAAGAUAUAGAAGAGGUUCCGGGUUUGGGAUACAGAGAUGAAGCGGGACUUAAAAGAGCUCUAAGAGAAAACGUCCGAGACGAAAUUGAACGUGGUGACAAGAACAUUCUGAAGAAAUUCUGGAAAAAUAUCAAGGACGCGGGAAAGGGUUUAGUGACUAAAUUCAAAGAAAUAUUUGAGGUAAUUAAAGGGAGGGCAGGCUUCUACUGAGCCGCUCUCAAUAUUCAUCUUUUCUUGAUCAAUUGCGAAGACAAAAAAUCUGUAUAUAUCAAUGGUAUCGUCAAUCUUAAAUGCGAAGGUGAGCAGGAACUUCACACAAAACUUUAUUUUUAUGCAAGAUAGUUACAGAAGAGCAGGGUGAUUUGUAAAUUGUAAAUUUUAUGAUGUUUGCCAUAGAUAAUGCAAAUAACAUUGAAUAUGUUUUAUUAUUAUUAUU